CCAGUCAGCAUGUGGGCGGGGGAGGGCGGGGCCCGGUCGCCGCAGAGGCGUCGACGCCGCCGCCGUAGACGACGUUCCUCAGUCUUCGAGGUGGGCUCGGCGGCGCAGGCCGGACAGGGAACGCCGGUUGGAGAGCGGCGGCGGUCGGACCGAGGCCGCGGGGCUGUGGGUGGGCGGUAAAGGGGUACGGGCGAGGCUAGGGCAGGGUGCGGCACCUCGGAGCGGGGUCGGUGGGCAGAGGUCUCGGGCUGUGCGGGGUGGGUGCCGGCUCCGCGGGCUUGCACAGAGGCCUGGGCCGGCUGCCGGGCCCCUCGUUCCCGGGCCUGUCGACGACGACGUUCCCGCGGGGACCGCGCUUAAGGAGGACGCGGCGGCGGCGGCCAGGCCGCGGGAGGCCGCGGAGGAUGGAGGAGCGGAAGGAGGAGGGCGAGGCGGAGAUCCAGGAGCACGGGCCCGAGCACUGGUUCUCCAAGUGGGAGCGGCAGUGCCUGGCCGAGGCCGAGCAGGACGAGCAAUUGUCUCCGGAGCUGCAGGAGGAGGCGGCGGCCGCCGCGCAGCCCGAGCACAAGCAGCAGAAGCUGUGGCAUCUCUUCCAGAACUCGGCCACGGCCGUGGCUCAGCUCUACAAAGACCGAGUGUGUCAGCAGCCAGGACUUUCUCUCUGGGUCCCCUUCCAAAACGCAGCCACCGCCGUCACCAACCUCUAUAAAGAAAGUGUGGAUACCCAUCAGCGAAGUUUUGAUAUUGGAAUUCAGAUUGGCUAUCAGCGACGCAAUAAGGAUGUGCUGGCCUGGGUAAAAAAGCGCAGAAGAACUAUUCGUAGAGAAGAUUUGAUCAGCUUCCUGUGUGGAAAGGUUCCACCACCACGAAACUCUAGAGCUCCCCCAAGACUGACUGUAGUGUCCCCUAACCGAGCUACUUCAACGGAAACUAGCUCAUCUGUAGAGACUGAUUUGCAACCCUUCCGGGAAGCCAUAGCUCUGCAUGGUCUUAGUGGUGCAAUGGCUAGUAUAAGCGUGCGCUCGAGUACCCCAGGCUCUCCUACACAUGUAAGCAGUGGACCGAAUGCUAGUCGAAGGAGAAAUGGACUCCAUGAUGUCGAUUUGAACACUUUCAUAACAGAAGAAAUGGCACUCCACUUGGACAAUGGUGGAACUAGAAAGCGUACCUCAGCCCAGUGUGGCGAUGUCAUUACAGACUCACCAACCCAUAAACGCAACAGAAUGCUCUAAACUGCAGACAUUUUCAUACCCACCAUGCUGCUUGAAAGCCACUCGAUCCUCAACAUAUACUAUUAUUGCAAAGGAAACAUGAGGCCAUCUUCCCUUGUUCACUGUUUAAGAAAAGUGAAUUCUCUAGUGGUUGCCAUAAAAGGAAGUUCUAGGUAUUUACAGUAGAUGCCUCCUGUAACUAUGGCUUUCUCAAACUAUAAUCCUAGCAGAGGACUUGAACUAUUGUAGUCAUUAGCAAGAUCAUCAUAGGCAAACAUAUAUCCGUUUCAAGGCGAAAAGUGACCUUAACUGUAUUUAUUCUCAAAGGGAAAGGAAAUAACAGAUGUUUAUUUGGUUAUAGAAUGCUUUCUUAUUUUUAUUUUUUGGUCCAUUUCCUGCUGUAUUGAGUAUUUUUACUUAAAACAGUAUUGCCAGGUUCCUACAAUUGUCUAAAACCUUGAUCUGGCUUGCAAGCCAGAUCUUCAGGCUUCCAUUUUUGCAGCCACACUGAACCACAUAUCUGGUUUCCAUAGUGAUAGUGUGUAAUUUCUGAUUAUCAGAUUAUGCCCAGUUUUCAGUUUUCAAAACAGUUUUCAAAACUCUGGUGAUUGUGAGACGUAAAGAGGUGCUAUGGUGGUCAUGCAAGUAAUACGUAAUAUGAAUCAAUACACAGAACUCUAUCGGAUUCACUUUGUGUGUGUUAGUGCUCUGAAAAUAGCAAUAUUAAACUGUCCCCAGAAUAACCCUGUAGGCUUCAACUCAGUUUUAAGACAAGUACUACUUCCUAUGCCGGGUACUUAACUUAUGGUUAAACACAGACUGCAUUCAAAGUGACCUGAAAAACAGGUCAUGAUCUUUGAGAGUGGGCUUCCUUUUUGGUUUGGUGGUAGUGAGAAGAAAUGGACGGUGGGAGUAGAUAUUUAUUGUUUAGGUUUUUGUUGUUGUUGUUUUUUGUUUUGUUUUGUUUUGUUUUGUUUUUUUGCAUUUUUAUGGAUGCCCUACUGUGUGUAGUUGUCAUAGUAGGUGGAAGAUGAUAAAUAUGUUUUAUCUGCUACUAAUGUGAAAGUAACUUAAAUAGCAAAACCCAGCUUUUCCUGUCCCUCCAUUUCUCUCAGAAAUGCAGUUUGGACUUUCCUUCUGGAAAUGAUGAGAUCGAAUGGAGGUUUUCUAGAUGUUAGGUAGACCCAAAUAAAAGCUCCCAGAGUCCUCUUUGGGUAAAUAUAAGACCUCUUGUAGCUACAACCUUUUAGAGCAUGUUUCAUCUGCAUUUUUACUACUUUGAACUGAAUGGUAGUCUUUUUUAGAAGACUGAUGUCAGCCUGCCAGGUACUGUAAUUCAUUCUAUCCUAUUAUAUUAUAUAUCAAGUAGCACAGUGAAAAAGGUUUCCUUGCAGACUUGCAGUUUCAGUUUCUUCUAUUUUUAUCCUUAAUAACCACUGCAAAUCAGUGUAAGGGUUUUUCUGGUAAUUACAGCACUUUGUUAAAAGUUUGCAAUUUUGUCAGCCAUUAAUAAUACCUCUCUGUGAAGAAACCUUACUAAGUUAACCAUUACUGGCUGAGUGGGAUGUGAAUGGAAUGUUAGAAAUGCCCUGUGAAUUGAAGUUCUGUAUUCAUUAUAGAUAUAGCCCUUAUUUAAAACAGUGAAGUCCAUAUUCAGACUAGGAAUGAAAGUAAGGUAUUUCUCAGUUUGUGCAAAAGUGGAGCUUUACUUUGUUUAUUUGAAAAGCAGGAAAAAUUAUAGCAAUCUGUCAUUUUACCUUAAAUGGACAAGCCUGGGCAUCACAAGUACUUCCAGGCUUCCCUGGGAUAUACUAAGACAUGGAGUUCAAAUUUGCUUUUCUGUGGUUGUGAGUAUAGAUGCUGGAAUUGGGGUUUGACGGUGUGAUGGCUGCUGACAAGAAGCCUGAACUCCCAUUCCUGAGGGACUUGAGACUGAGGACCACGUGUCAUCUCCCUCCAUGCGUGUUGUGUCUCCUCUGUCCAGGCUGACUAAGGAUGGUCUUGGUUGUUUGGUUUCAGUUGGUGCUCUGAAGCUGAAUCUCAGUGCCCUUUACUCACAGUUGUCAAAUUUUGAUAAAACGUGCCAUUUUCUUUGGUAAGAGAAAGCAGGUCUAAUGUCUGCCAGAACACAAUUUAUAUGCCGGAUUAUUGGCUCCAUUAAACUUUUUAAAACCUUUA